AUGACAACCACUCAACACAAGCAGAUGGUAUAGGAAUAUGUGUCCAUGGAGUUCUCCAGCUCCACCACCCACAUGGAGACCUUCUCCCAGACAACCAAGACCGUGGGAGGAAAGUGGAAUGGAAAGAAAGCAGUGUCCAGAACCCUGGUGCAGGGUAACCCUAAGCCCACCAUCUCCUGGAAGAGGGAAAAGGGGGAACUGCUAAGAUCCUCUUGGCUGACCUCAGGUGACUCAGACAACUACAGGUACAACAAUGAGAACACAGAUGCCAUUACACCAUCUUUGCUGAAAAAGAAGCAGGAGGUGACAAAUGAAAAAGAGAUGCCAAUGAUUUGGGCCAAGGUACCAAAUAAGGACUUUACAAAGGUCUGUAUGGACUAUGGUUUCCCUGAUUUGGGAGGGCUACUCAGAAGUCGGUACCAAGUACAUAAGUACUUGCUAGCUAUUACUAACAUAAACAUGAGCAAUGCCAGUACCUCCGGCCUGACUGUGGGAGAUAAGUGGGUAAAGGAGCCACUGAAGUUCAUGGAAGAAAUGAAACUUGUGGCAGUGACCGGCAGGCAGGCAGCUGUGUUUGAGAUCCACGCCUCCAAGGAAGAGAAUGGCUCGGUGUGGCAGUUCAACAGGAAGGAGCUGAAGAAGUAUGAGAUCUCACCGUCUGAGAAUGGUCUGACUCACACAGUUAAGAUCAAAGAUGCCAGACUCAUCAACACAGGUUCUCUGCCCAGGCAGGAACUUGGCCUUCCUAUGAAAUCUACGAGCAGCUUCAAAAAUGCAUGUGUAAAAGAAAGGAGCUGCUCACACCUUGAUGAGCUGAUGUCUAAGGAUGUGUCACUACCCUCAGAGAUAGAUGAGUGACUGCUGUCACAUAGCCUCAAGUACAGUGUGAGCCACAAAGGCAAGCAAACUGAGUUGGCCAUUAACGAUACACAGAGCAGAGAUGGUGGGGAAUAUACCACAGUGGCCAUGGAGGAUGAGGACCCCACUGAAUACUGCAGUACUGCACCCUCACUGUGAAAGCAUCUAGCAACCAUGAAGAGUGGCAUGUCAAACAUGUACUCAGCCUCUGGUGAGUUGUGUAUAAUGCUGAAGACAAAAGGGUGGCUGAAGGAUAGCAAGGAGAUCACAGGCUUGCCUGGUAUGUUGAUGGCAAAGCAUGGUGAGGAAUACAUGCUCAUCUUCCCCAACAUGGACACACAACAUGAAGGCAAAUACACAUUCCAGAAAAAGGGCACAGAAAAUGAAGCCUAUGUAUCCACUGCAGGUAAGAUCUCCUUCCAUUGACUCAUCCAUCUGGAAAUCACUAGCUGUCCAGUGACCAUGAAGGUGGGCUACAUGGCUUACAUUAAAGUGCCCUUCUAAGCAAAGCUAUUACCCAAAGUGAUCUGGUUCAAGGAGGGUAUGUAGGUGACCAAGAGGAAGCAUGUGCCCAUGGAACUCAGUGAAGACCAGGAUCUGCUCACCAUCUCCAGUUGUAUACAUAAAAGCAUCAGCUUGAUCCUAUUCAAUCUCAAGAAUGACCAUCACACAGCAAUGGCCACUGUGUACCUCAAUGUAUCGAGUGAGGGCACAGCCAUGAGGGUUAUUGGCAAGAAGUCCUGGCUUAAGACAGCAGAGAUGGAUGACAAGGCCAACUUCACUGCCAAGGCAGAAGAGGGGAGAGCUUACACGAGCUGUAUUCUGGUGGUCAGUUCAGAGGAUGGUAGUGACCCACCUGAGACUGAGGAAGUCUUUCCUCAAAAUCCCAUAAAUGUCCCUACCCAGGAUGAUGGGCCAGUGCUUGGCUACUCUGUCGAGUGAAGAAAGACAGGCAAUAACCUGUGGGUACCAGUCAACAAGGACCCCGUUCAGGGUGAGGUACUAGGGACAGAAGUUCUGGGCCAAAAGGGGAUCCCGUCCCUGGAGCCUCGAAGGAGAAUCAUUGAUAACCAGGGCUCACCACCGUCCACGGUGACCUGGCAGAAACACAGCAUCUCCUUCAAGGGCUGGAAAACCAUCACCAAGGGCAAAAAUUAUCCCCAGUUCCUCAUUAGCAACACCAAGUGUUCUGACCACCAAGUGUAUCAGAUCUCACUUCAGAAUGAGUUUGGAGUCACCCACUAUGACUCCUGCUGGCCAGGUGACUACAGCAAAUGCACAACUCUGUCCCCAGGGCAGCCAACAAGCCUCCAGUUCUUCCAGAUUUCUGGGCCUCCUGCAAACCUACAGCUACUUGAAGAGGCCCCCAACAUAGUGCCUCUGACCUGGAACCAUAAUCCUGAUCUCCAGGAAGAUGGUGGUGCCCGAUACGUCACCUGAAGAGGGAUGAAAGUAGCCCCCACCUGAUUCACUACAACUGUGUGUGUCUUCAGCAACAAGUACAUGAUGGCCAGCAGGAAAUGCUACUGCAGAGUGGUGGCUCUGAAUGAAAAGGGUGACAGUGACCCACUGUACUCCAUGGAUACCUGGCUUGCCAAUAAGGACCGCAGUGAAAACCUGAGCACCAAACUGAAGUCCUAUCAUCAGGACUGCCACCAUAUACCCCACUUUCUGACCCUAUUCAAGCUACUCACUGUGGUCUGUGGCCAGGAUUAUACCAUGACUGGCACCUUCCAUGGGAACCCACGGCUCAUGGCUAUCUACCAGAGUGAUGUCAACAUCACUGUCAAUUCAAAGUUCUGGCACGACUUUGCCAGCAGCAUAUGUAAACCAAUCAUUUCCCCCACCUACAUACUAAAGGACAGCAGUGAGUAUCGCACGUUGCUAAAAAAUGAACUAAGCAAGAACCAUAGAAGCUCUGUGCUGUCUAUGAAUAUGAGUUUGCACCAUUCAGAGAAGCAGCAGGUCUAG